GACGACGACGGCAGAGAAACUCCGUCCUCAGCCCCUCACGUCAUUUCAUAUUGCACAACCAACAUGGCCGAACGGACCUCUCCCGGGACACAAGUAUUAACAGAUGCAGACAUCCUGAAGAACUUUGCCCUGAAAGUGACAACAUCGAAUCGGAAUGAGAGAAUUGAAUUACUAAAAUUAGUCAAGAAGUCAGCAGCAAAUGCUCUCCCAGAGAAUGCCGUCAAAGGUAUAUUGCGGUACCUUUUGCUGACACUGGGUCGUUACCAAGACCGUCGGUCCCAGCUGGCUGUACAGGAUGUUGUGUCACAGUUGGCCCUCAAACACCCGCAGGCCACCCUCAAGUGUAUCUCUGCCUCUCUUGCAAACUUUGCCAAUCUUCAGAAGACUUGCGGCACCUCCAGUAAAGCUAUUUCUACCGAGUCUCUACAAGCCCUCAUCUGGACAUGUGUUGUGGCAGACCAAGUUUUUGCCCCUGACAAAUGCAGCUCCACUGAUGACCUGAAAGCCCUGGUGUCUCUACAGUCUCUCCUGCUCUACGGAUGCCACUCAGCCCGUCUCAACACACUCAAUGCCGUCGCAUACAAACACAUUUCCAGGUUGUGGAAGAAGUCGCCUGCGACCGUGCAGUUGUACAGGGAAUAUUUGACGUCACUGGAAGGUGCACCACACCUGCUCAGCCUCGCUUCGCUUGUGAUGCAGCAUCUGCAUGACACCAAGAACAAAGAAUGCAUCCAGGCAUGCAAGAAACCAUUUUGUGAUCUUUACCUUAAGCAAGUAUUGGCAUAUCGAUCGACUCCACCCCUGCAUCUCUUGGAGAACUGCCAGUCCUUGCUCCGCCACGUCAACCAUGAAGACUUCAACGAAAUCCUGCAGCCUGCUGCACAGAAAGCUACACUGCGCAACCCAGAGAUUAUACUGCAAGCUGUUGAAUAUUUACUGAUUGGUGUCCAGUUAGACAUGAGCAAGUAUGCCCUAGACUUGGCGAAACCCAUUGCAAAACAGUUAUUUGUCAAAGAAGAAAACGUCCGCCAGUCGGCCAGUAAUGUCCUCGAGGCCCUUGCACGACAAUGCAGUUCACCUGAUGCUGUUGACAGUGUCACAACACAUCUGUUUCAAGUUUUAGCAGGUUCAGAAGGCAAGUUGAUUUCAGCAGACCAACGCAUUGGUGUUCUAAACGGCAUCAACAGCCUCAGUCACCACGUGGUCAGUGGUGUGGCUGUUGUCCAGAAACUCACAGCUUCCAUCACGGAACGAUUCAUUCCCAUCCUGGGGCAAGAAGUUCAUGAGGGGACGUUGGUCUGUAUACUCCAAGCAUUAACCUCCUGGUGUUCACGUCUACACACUGAAGUCCCGACUGCCCUUGUUGAUUGUUUCAAGAAAGGACUCACCCUGAAGACUUCCACAUCUGCCGUACGCAAUGCCUACAUAUGUUGUAUGGUUUCUGCAUUUCAUGGUGACACCUUACUCCAGGCACAGAAAGUGGUGCCUCUCCUGUUGCAAGUCGUCGAGAAGGCCAGCAAUCAACCGAAUCAGACACAAUUAGUCACAGAGGCCCUGUCUGCCUCCCGCCUGUUGCUCCAGCUGAGCUUGGCUGACAUCCAGUAUGAGACGAAGCUUGCCCAGUUCUGGAAUGUCGUCCUUGACACCAACAAACUGCUCUUCUUCAACGACAAGAGCCUCUCUUCUCUGUCUGAUGAAGCAUUUCUUGAUCUCAUUUUCAUGGUUGAGAAACUCAUUCUGGACUUUCCGACAAUGGAUCGCAUCAAAAUUUCCAAGCCCCUGUACAAAGCCCUUGUGCUCGGCCUGACCCACUCCAGCUGGUUGGUGCGGAAGCAAUCAAUGCAGUGCUUGAAACGUGUCUUCCACUUUAGCGAGCGCUUGUCGAUGGUGGUUGACAUCAUAGCUGAGCUGGACAACGUGUUGACUUCCAUGAAGAUUCCAACAACUCCAUCUCUGAGUGAAGAUUCUGAAGAACAGGACCCUAAGAAGAUCAAUGCCAAAGUGUUUGGCAAUGCUCUUCUUGCACUUUGCAGAAUACCAGAUCCAAAACCAUCGGAAAUUGAAACUUUGGCUCUUGCUGCUUUCGUCUCAGCCCAUCAUCCUAUAAUUGUGUCCUACAGUAAACACAUGUGGCAGGACAUCCUGAAACAGUUGGGGCAAAAUGCCAAGACAUUUGUCAAAGACCAUUCGGACAAAUGCCUGGAGAUUGUCAGAAAUGCAAAUUUUGAAACGUGUGUAGAGAAUGGUGUAGCAUCUUUGGUCUCCAUUGCACCCGACAGCUUCCUUCCACAGCUUGUCGCUCAGAUCUGUGACCAGCUGGAAUUGGCAGAGUUCUUACAGGUGACGCAAGAUGAGUACGGGAUCUUUAGGUGCCCUGAAGGACAGCUGUAUGACAAGACUGUCUUAGAGAGUGUCUUGAAGAAUGAAGUGAAAGAAACAAACAUCCGAAGAGAGAACAAACUUUAUUCAUAUGCUGAACAAAUGGCCGAGAUUGAGCUACGAAAGGAGGUGGAGAAGAAGAAAAGAGCGAAAGGGGGUGAUAUGAGAUUGACGAAGCAACAGGAAGAGAAACUACAGAUGGCACUGAAGAAGGAGUCACAGAUCCGCAGUAAUAUACGGAUGCUGAACAACAAACUGGUGCGUUGCUGCAAUACGCUGCACUCUGCAAUCAGGGGUGACUGCAAUGCUGUGUGCAUGUUCAUGUCUAACCUGUGUCAGGUCCUCAUUCCUCUGCUCUACUCACCGCUUUCUGCUGCACCUGUCUCUCGCCUCCUCAUCACCCUUGGCAACUCUGCAUUCAUGGACAAACAGUUUGGUGAAAUGAUGAGCCAUGCCACUGUCCGAGCUCUCAAGCCAUACUGCCAGCUGGAGUCGCAGUGGACACAGGAAGAGGAAGUGCAGCAGGUUGAGCGACUGGUUCAGUUACUGCAUGAUCGUGUUCAAGCCCGGGUUGGUGGAGGGCCAAAACACCCGUUUCCGGCCUCCACGUUUGCCUACUUUUUCCACCUGCUGUCCGUGGCCCUGUCUGGACAACAUUGGCCCCUGAACGAUGCCAGCACCACCUGCUUGCGUGCCCUUCAGCUGAUCAUAUGCCACGCUCGCAUAAGGCUCAAGACGCACGGUGGGGUUGGAGGGGGCGAUGACAACAACAACAAGAGCAGUGCUAAGUCAAAGAACAGCAAGAAGAGGAGGAGGAAGAAGAACAAGAACAACGAAAACGAGAAGAACGAUGGUGGUGGUGGUGGUGGCGGCGGCCAAAAGAAGCCGGGAGAGAUUGGGGACAUUCACCAGGAUGAGCAGGUGAAGAUAAGGGAGAAGGUGAUGAUGAUGGGGAUGGUGAGAAUGGAGGAGGACAUGGAGGAGGAGGAAGAGAAAGGUGGUGGUGGUGGUGGCAGCAGCGGUGGUGGUGACUCUAGACUGAGCCAUGAAGAUGAGGAAAUCCUAAGAAAACUGUAUGACCCUCAGUUGUUACCCCACAAACCCCUCCUGCAGCUGCUAAUCAAACUGAUUGGCACAGUGACCUCAACGAAGAUCCAGGAGCUCUCCAACACUGCCCUGAUCGAGGUGGCACACAGCCUCAGUGGCAACAUGGACUGUGCCUUCCCUUCCAACGAAGACAUUUCUGUAAUGCUGUUGGCGCUCGAGGCCCCAUCUCUCUCGGUCAAGAGAGCUGUCUUACAGGCGAUGACCUUACUGACCAGUGUCCUACCCAACAAAGAUGAUGACUUUGAAAUGUGGCUUAAGGUGGUCAAGAAAAUAUGGAUUGCCAAGUUUGACCAGGAAACUGAAGUACAGGAGCUUGCCAAAGUGUUAGAGACAAAACUGAAAAUACAGAAUCCACCUCCAAAGAUGGUGACCACCCUCAUCGAAGAUGUCAUCCACCCUGAAGAAAGUGUACGUCAAGCUGCGGCAUCAACUGUUGCAGCAGUGCUGCAGUUGCACAAGAAACAGGUGGCGCCAAUGAUGCACCAACUGUUGGACAAGUACGGCGAGAAGUUGUUUCUCCCCCCACCAGAAGUAGACAGUUUCGGACGUGUUAUCGGUGAACCAGUUCCUGACGAUUGGAUGUCACGCAGCGGCAUUGCACUGUGCCUCACCAAGAUGGCCCCACUACUCCCCAAACACCUCAUUGCGCCACUCUUUGCAUUCUACGUGCCAAAGGCGCUAGGGGACCGUGCACCGGAGGUGCAAACCAACAUGCGUGAUGCUGCACUCGCUGCAGUCAAUGAACACGGCAAGGAUAAUGUCAACACACUUCUACCAGUCUUUGAGAACUUCUUAUCAACAGCCGCCAACACAGCCAGCAAUGAUGCUGUUCGGCAAAGUAUUGUCAUCCUAAUGGGUUCUCUGGCCAAACAUUUGGACAAGAGUGAUCCCAAGGUGAAGCCUAUUGUGGCUCGACUGAUCAGCGCCCUCUCAACACCAUCGCAAGAGGUUCAAAUAGCAGUGUCGUACUGCUUGCCCCCUCUGGUGCCAGCCAUCGGUGCAGAUGCCACAACCAUUGUGCAGCAGUUGCUGCGGCUGCUGCUGGAGUCUGAGAAUUAUGGAGAGAGAAAAGGUGCCGCCUACGGACUAGCUGGCCUCGUCAAAGGGCUCGGCAUCGUGGCCCUGAAGAAAAUGGGCAUUAUUAACACAUUGACAGAAGCUAUCAAGGACAAGAAGAACCCACGGCGGAGAGAAGGUUCCCUCUUCGCAUUUGAGAUGCUGUGUACUAUGUUGGGCAAAUUGUUCGAACCAUACGUGGUGGUGAUAUUACCACACUUACUGCUGUGUUUCGGUGACCACAACAUGUACGUCAGACAGGCUGCAGAUGAUACGGCCAAAGCUAUAAUGACCAACCUCAGUGGCCAUGGAGUAAAGUUUGUGCUGCCCUCUCUACUGAAGGGUCUUGAAGAAGAUGCUUGGAGGACCAAAGCAGGUUCUGUGGAACUGCUAGGAGCCAUGGCCUUCUGUGCUCCGAAACAGCUGUCAGCCUGUCUCCCUAACAUUGUACCAAAGCUGAUUGAAGUCCUCACGGAUUCCCACAACAAGGUCCAACGUGCUGGCGCCCAGGCUUUACAACAGAUCGGCUCCGUCAUACGCAACCCGGAGAUACAAGCCAUUGUACCAGUAUUGUUAGCCGCACUACAGGACCCCACACAGAAGACAUACGCCUCACUGCAAGCCCUGCUGGACACCAAAUUUGUGCACUUCAUCGACGCAGCAUCACUGGCUCUGAUAAUGCCAGUGGUGGAGCGGGCAUUCCAAGACCGAACUACGGACACCAGGAAGAUGGCAGCCCAGAUUAUUGGCAACAUGUAUUCACUCACUGACCAGAAGGACUUGUCUCCCUACCUACCAACUGUGAUCCCAGGACUGAAACAGUCGCUCCUUGACCCUGUGCCUGAAGUGAGGAAUGUGUCGUCGCGGGCCCUUGGCACAAUGGUACGGGGAAUGGGUGAGGGCACUUUUGAUGACCUCCUGCCUUGGUUGAUGGAGACUUUGGUGUCUGAAAGAAGUUCCGUGGACCGAUCGGGAGCUGCUCAAGGUUUAAGUGAAGUGAUUGGCGGAAUGGGUCUGGCCAAACUGCAGAUACUGAUGCCGGACAUUGUCCACACAGCUGACCGCAAUGACAUUGCACCCCACAUCCGUGACGGCUACAUCAUGAUGUACAUUUACCUGCCGUUGGUCUUCAAAGAUGAUUUUCUGCCCUACAUUGGCCAAAUCAUACCCUCCAUCUUGAAGGCGCUGGCUGACGAGUCGGAGUUUGUGCGAGACACUGCCCUUCGUGCCGGGCAGCGCAUCAUCAACAUGUACUCAUCAUCUCCAUCAAACCAUGUUUACUCAACCCCUUCUUCUUUCUCUCUUUCUCUAGGGGUCAGUGGCAAAAUGUCUACGGAAACGGCCAAUGAAGACGAUAAUUUUGGAACUGAGACUUCUCAGAAGGCCGUCUUGAGAGUAUUUGGCAAAGGGCGUCGCAACAGGGUAUUGGCUGGCCUCUACAUGGGCCGCUCAGACACUGCGCUACUGGUGCGACAGUCUGCACUGCAUGUCUGGAAGAUUAUCGUGUCCAACACUCCACGCACACUCCGAGAGAUUCUUCCUGUGCUCUUCUCAUUACUGCUUGGAUGUCUGGCCAGUACCAGCUACGACAAACGGCAGUUUCACUCUCUCUACCUCCCUCCACAGGUGACCGUGUUUGCCAACAACUUAAUCCCCAGUGUGCGUCGGGCCCUGUGUGAUCCUUUACCAGAAGUGAGAGAAGCAGCAGCUCGUACCUUUGACAACCUGCACCACAACAUCGGUGCCAGGGCCCUCGAUGAGAUCUUGCCAACCCUGCUCCAGAAACUGUCUGAGCCAGAGUCAUCAGAGUGGGCCCUGGAUGGCCUGAAACAAGUUAUGACGGUCAAGAGUCGAGUUGUGCUGCCAUAUUUAGUGCCACAGCUGAUUAAGCCUCCCGUGGACACAAGGGCUCUGGCUUUCCUGUCUUCUGUGGCUGGGGAUGUACUCAGCAGGCACUUGGGAAAGAUCCUGCCAGCGCUACUCUCGUCCCUCAGCAGUGCCAUUGGUUCACCCAGGGAAGAAGAGGAACUGGACUACUGUGAGUCGGUGGUUUUAUCAGUCACCGAUGACAUUGGAAUCAACACUAUCCUCACCGAACUUCUCUCUGCCGCCAACAACCCCAACAGCUCAGCAGAGACAUGUUGUGCAGCAGUGAGCAUUCUGAAAGUGUUCUGUGGCAAGACCAAAGCUGAUUAUUCAGCCUGUUGCUCUCAGCUGCUCCGCACACUCAUUGCACUCUUCACACACUCAGACGAACGUGUGCUGCUGGCGUCUUGGAAGUGCUUGGAUGCUAUUGCUAAGGAUCUAAAGAACAUGGACACUGGAGAGACGAUCCAACAGAUCCGUCAGGCCAUCCGAUUCGCUACAUCGGAUUACAAAGGGACGGGUAAGGAAUUACCUGGCUUCUGCCUCAGUGGGAAGAGCAUCAGCCCAUUACUGCCAAUUUUCCGUGAAGGUAUUCUACACGGCAGCCCUGAACUGAAGGAAAUGUCUGCCGAGGGUCUUGGUGAAAUCAUUCAGCUGACCAGUGCUCCGGCCCUCUCACCGUCGGUCAUCAACAUCACUGGACCACUCAUUCGUAUCCUGGGUGACCGCUACCCUUGCAAUGUGAAAGUUGCAGUUCUGGAGACAUUGAACCUUCUGUUGAAUAAGGUCGGCGCAAUCAUGAAGCCAUUCCUACCUCAGUUACAGACAACGUUCACGAAGGCCCUCAAUGAUGCCAACCGCACGGUGAGGUUGAGGGCAGCAUCUGCCAUGGGGGGCCUCAUUGUGAUACAUACCCGGGUGGAACCUCUCAUCACCGAGUUACACACAAACAUCAAAACCACAGACGACACCAGCAUCAGGGACACAACAUUGCAGGCCCUGCGGAACUGUGUGGGUGGAUCAAAGGGCAAGAUAAACGACAAUCUUCGGAAGACGCUGAGCGGUACACUGCUACGGUUGUUGAACAGCCCUGAAGACACGACACGCCUGAUUGCAGCCGGCUGCCUUGGUGCCCUGACAGUUACAUUACCAGACAGUGAUUUCACGGACAUGAUGAAUACCCAUUUGAUGGAUACAGACAAUGGAUCAGACUGGACCCUGCGACAUGGACGCAGUGUUGCCCUUGCUGUAGCCAUCAAAGAAGGAGCCGAACGUGUCCUGGUUCCCAGCCUCCAGCCUGCCGUCUUCCACACUGUCACACACUUCACUGCUGCUGACAGGAUACCAAUCUGUCUAAGUGGGCUACGGGCUGCUACCUAUGUGUUAAGUUACCAAAUCACCAACAGUCUCGAACCUUCCACUGAAAUUUUGGUUCUUUUAGCCAAGGGUUUGAAGCACGAUUCCAACGACGUGAAACAGUUGUGUGGCCAACUAGCCAGCCACCUCGCUCGACAAACAGACCAACCCCUGCCGGCUGUCAUGAUGAAGUACCUGGUCCCUGCCCUAGUCAUGGGCACCAAAGAAAAGAAUUUUAUUGUGAAAGGCAACAGUGAGUACGGCCUGCUGGCUGUGCUCCAGCUGGCCAAAGGGGACUCAGUCUACCAGGCGACCCUGUCCCUCUUAGACGUCGGUAUGCAGGAGGCCCUCCAGGACGUCUACACCAAGACACUGCGCAAGCUGUUGGCCAAGACGACGACCCCGGUCAGGGAGGAGAUCGACGAUUCUAAUAUGCUCAGAAGUAUGUUUAUAGUGUGUUAA